GGGCCUGGAGCACAGGCAGCGCCGGGGACAGCCCCGAGUCUCCAGGCCCCGGGACCGUCGCCGUCUGCCCCCUCCGCAUGGGAACCAGGGGAGGGGGGAAGCGAGCUGCUGACCCAGAGGGCCUGCGGGCUGUACCACCGAGCCUGCACCCGGGUGGACACGGGGGUCGUAGGGACUGAACCACUGAGCCCGGAUGGGGCCCUCAGGGCGAAGCGCUCUGCGGGAAUCACGCCGAAGAGAAACAGAUCAAGACUACCAGCCGCUCGCUGAACGCCCCAUCCCCGGGGGUGGGGGUGGGGAAGGGCCCCUAGACUGGCAGGCAGGGCUGCCCGGCCUUGUUUCCGCCGUAGCGCCCCAACUUUAAACACGGGAAUGCCCCGCCCCACCGGAGACUCAGCCUUUGCAUCUGCAAAAUGGGCACAAGGGCGCCGCAGGGUGGGCGGCGGCUGCCGGGGCCAGGAAGGUGGACCAUGUGCGCCAGCCCCCUCGCUUCUUCUCGCAGAGUGAAGCCCCCAGACUCCAGUCUCCCCCGCCACAAUCGGGGAAGCCCCCAAGCCGAUGGAGGAGAACGAGGUGGAGAGCAGCAGCGACGCGGCCCCGGGGCCUGGCCGGCCCGAGGAGCCCUCGGAGAGCGGCCUGGGUGUGGGCACCUCGGAAGCCGUGUCGGCGGACAGCAGCGACGCGGCUGCCGACCCCGUGGGGCAGAGCACGGACCGCGGCGGCGCGCUGGAAGAGGUAUCUGAGAGCAGCUCAAGUACAGACCCUCUUCCCCAUGGCUACCUCCCUGACUCAUCCUCUGUGUCCCAUGGACCAGUUGUGGGGGCAACAGGUGGUCCUCCAGUCCUGGUACACUCCAGCGCACUCCCAGACCCCAACAUGUUGGUAUCGGAGUGCACAGCUUCUUCUUCGGAUUUGGGCUCAGCCAUCGAUAAGAUCAUUGAAUCUACCAUUGGUCCAGACCUAAUCCAGAACUGCAUCACUGUGACUAGUGCUGAGGAUGGUGGUGCUGAGACUACACAGUACCUAAUCCUACAGGGGCCAGAUGAUGGUGCCUCCAUGGUGUCACCAAUGUCCAGUUCCACCCUGGCCCAUAGUCUGGCAGCCAUCGAAGCCCUGGCUGAUGGCCCCACAUCUACAUGCUUUGAACCAUCUGAGGAGGUGCAGGGUAGGCCUAACUCCCCAGCACAACCACCCCCAGGUUCUGGUGCUGAGGAGCCAGACCUGCAGAGUCUGGAGGCCAUGAUGGAAGUGGUGGUAGUACAGCAAUUCAAGUGCAAGAUGUGCCAGUACCGGAGCAGCACCAAGGCCACACUGUUGCGCCACAUGCGGGAGCGGCACUUCCGUCCAGCAAUAGCCACAACUACAGCAGCUGGGAAGAAGGGCCGUCCGCGAAAGUGGGGCUCCUCUACCAAGACCCCAGAGGAAGAGGGGCAGGAAGAGGAAGAUGAUGACGACAUUGUAGAUGCUGGAGCCAUUGAUGACCUAGAGGAGGACAGCGACUACAAUCCAUCUGAGGAUGAGCCCCGAGGCCGGCAGCUACGGCCCCAACGGCCCACUCCCAGCACGCCAAGACCUCGAAGAAGACCUGGCCGGCCGCGGAAGAUACCUCGGCUGGAAAGCUCAGAGCUCCUGGAUGGUGUGGAAGGAGAGCCUCUAGUGAGUUCUCAGGGUAGACAGAGCCCUCCAGAGCCACAGGACCCCGAAGUGCCCAGCUCUUCUGAACCAGGAAGCUUGGUAGCCCCUGUGGAACCUAGUGUGAGCCAGUCAGACACAGAAAAUGCUGCACCCUCAUCACAGGAAGAACUGGACACACCACCCCGUCGCCGUGGCCGACCCUCCAGACGCUUUCUGGGCAAGAAAUACCGCAAGUACUACUACAAGUCUCCCAAACCGCUUCUGAGGCCUUUCCUGUGCCGCAUCUGUGGCUCCCGAUUCCUGUCUCAUGAGGACCUGCGUUUCCACGUCAACUCCCACGAGGCUGGGGACCCUCAACUCUUCAAGUGCCUGCAGUGCAGCUAUCGCUCCCGCCGCUGGUCCUCACUCAAGGAGCACAUGUUCAACCACGUGGGCAGUAAGCCCUACAAGUGUGAUGAAUGCAGCUACACCAGCGUUUACCGAAAAGAUGUCAUUCGGCAUGCAGCUGUGCACAGCCGGGACCGGAAGAAGAGGCCAGAUCCGACCCCAAAGCUGAGCUCCUUCCCAUGUCCUGUGUGUGGGCGCAUCUAUCCCAUGCAGAAGAGACUCACACAGCACAUGAAGACACAUAGCACUGAGAAACCCCACAUGUGUGACAAGUGUGGAAAGUCCUUUAAAAAGCGCUACACCUUCAAGAUGCAUCUGCUCACGCACAUCCAGGCUGUUGCCAACCGCAGGUUCAAGUGUGAGUUCUGUGAGUUUGUUUGUGAGGACAAGAAGGCACUGCUGAAUCACCAGCUGUCCCAUGUCAGUGACAAGCCCUUUAAGUGCAGCUUUUGCCCGUACCGCACCUUCCGAGAGGACUUCCUGCUAUCCCAUGUGGCUGUCAAACACACAGGGGCGAAACCCUUUGCCUGUGAGUACUGUCACUUCAGCACUCGGCACAAGAAGAAUCUCCGCCUGCACAUACGGUGCCGACAUACAAGCAACUUUGAAGAGUGGGCUCGGCGUCACCCCGAGGAGCCCCCUUCCCGCCGUCGCCCCUUCUUCUCACUACAGCAGAUUGAGGAGCUGAAACAGCAGCACAGCACAGCCCCUGGACCACCCCCCAACUCCCCAGGUUCUUCUGAGAUACCCUCAGAGGCUGCACCUUUCCAGUCAACAGAGACCCCCCCACUACUCUGCUCUGACACCCUGAGUGGCGCUACUAUCAUCUACCAGCAAGGAGCUGAGGAGUCUGCUGCCAUGGCUACACAGACAGCCUUGGAUCUGCUGCUGAACAUGAGUGCCCAGCGGGAGCUGGGCACUACAGCACUACAGGUGGCUGUGGUGAAGUCAGACGAUGUUGGAGCAAACUUAGCAUCUCCUGGUGGGCAGCCCUCCCCAGCAGAUGCCACUCCACAAGUGGUGACCCUCCAUGUGGCAGAGACGGGGGGCAGCAUGACAGCUGAAAGCCAGCUAGGCCCCCCUGAGCUGCAGCAGAUCACCCUGGCACCUGCUUCAUUUGGUGGAACUGGUUACAGUGUCAUCACAGCACCACCCAUGGAGGAGGGGACUUCAGCUCCUGGCACUCCUUACAGUGAUGAGCCCCCAGGGGAGGCAGCCCAGACUGUGGUUGUGAGUGACAACCUGAAAGAAGCUGGCACCCACUACAUCAUGGCAGCUGAGGGGACCCAGCUGCACCACAUUGAGGUGACAGCAGAUGGUUCCAUCUCAUUCCCAAGUCCAGAUGCUCUGGCUUCUGGAGCCAAGUGGCCCUUGCUGCAGUGUGGGGGGCUGCCUAGAGACACUGCUGAACCCUCAUCUCCAGCCAAGACCAACCGGUUAGGGGACCCCCCAGUUCCUACCUCCCCACCUCUUGCUACCAGCAAAGCCCUGGGCCUGGUAGUGCCCUCCUCACCACCACCUGCAGCCACUGCAUCAUCAAAGAAGUUUUCCUGCAAGAUCUGUGCUGAGGCUUUCCCAGGUCGAGCUGAGAUGGAGAGUCAUAAACGGGCCCAUGCUGGACCUGGUGCCUUCAAGUGCCCCGACUGCACCUUCAGUGCCCGCCAGUGGCCCGAGGUCCGGACCCACAUGGCACAGCACUCCAGCCUGCGGCCCCACCAGUGCAACCAGUGCAGCUUUGCCUCCAAGAAUAAGAAAGACCUGCGGCGGCACAUGCUGACCCACACCAAUGAGAAGCCUUUUGCAUGCCAUCUCUGCGGGCAGCGUUUCAACCGGAAUGGGCACCUCAAAUUCCACAUCCAGCGGCUACACAGUCCUGAUGGGAGAAAGGCAGGAACCCCUAUGACCCGGACCCCAGCCCAGACCCCCACCCAGACCAUCAUCCUGAACAGUGAUGACGAGACCUUGGCUACACUGCACACUGCCCUCCAGUCCAGCCAUGGCGUCCUGGGUCCUGAACGGCUUCAGCAGGCACUGGGCCAGGAACACAUCAUCGUUGCCCAGGAGCAGACAGUGACCAAUCAGGAGGAAGCUACUUACAUCCAAGAAAUCACUACAGCAGAUGGCCAGACUGUACAACAUCUGGUGACCUCUGACAACCAGGUACAGUACAUCAUCUCCCAGGAUGGAGUCCAGCAUCUGCUACCCCAGGAAUAUGUCGUAGUCCCGGAGGGCCAUCACAUCCAGGUACAAGAAGGCCAGAUUACACACAUACAGUAUGAACAAGGAGGCCCGUUUCUUCAGGAGUCUCAGAUCCAGUAUGUGCCAGUGUCUCCAGGCCAGCAACUUGUUACACAAGCCCAGCUUGAGGCUGCAGCACACUCUGCUGUUACAGCGGUGGCUGAUGCUGCCAUGGCCCAAGCCCAGGGCCUGUUUGGCACAGAGGAGGCAGUGCCUGAACACAUCCAGCAGCUUCAACACCAGGGCAUCGAGUACGACGUCAUCACCCUGACCGAUGACUGAGCCCCAAGGGCCCAACGCAGACCAUGGAUAUUGGGGGGCAGCCUUGCUGGAGGGGUGAAGGGAGAGGGUGUCCAAUGGAAGCCACUUCCCUAUUCCACUCUUUAGGGUCUCUAGAUGCUGGGCAGCCAGUAUCCUGUCACCCCACGGCAGCCACAUCUGUGCUGCCAGGGCUAGGGAAGAGCCAUGGUCCCCAGCCAGGACAUGUUGGGUGCUCUAGCCUGCAGGCAGGCUUUGGGAUAGAAAUUUAUUUUUGUUUGAAUGGGCCCUCUAUCUCAAUAAAGGGACCAGAGUCCAGCCCUG